GGCGCGUGGUGGAAAGUAGGACGAAGGUUAUAAUUGUAUUCGCACGACGACGGUUUCUGGCAAACCGACUCAAACCUUCGACAGUGAAAGUGUUUUUUUUUCCGUCCAUCUGCCGACUAUUAUAGGUAUAAUAUAUCCGUGAAGUUCCCAGUAUCGCGUAUAGUCACUAACGGUUUUUUCCCUCUAUCCGUUUAGGUCCAGAAAGUCAUCGGCCGACAAACGCCUGUAACGCCGUUUUAACCGUAAGUUAUCUGUCGUUUUUUUUCAACUAAUACUCGUUAAAAAUUAAAUGUAUAUAAUAUGGUUAAAAACCUAUCGCAGCAGAAAUAUUUUGAUGUGAACCAAAUGAUUAAACAAAAAAAUAUUAGGUUCGUUAGAAAAGGGAUUGGCAACAAUUAACGAUUUCUCCGAUGAGUUUUAUAUGUGCUGUAUAUUAAAAUGCAGUAAAUGACAAUGUUGGUCGUUUUUAUAUUAUUAAGCGGUUGAAAAAAAAUAAAAUAAAAAUGUUUGCAUUUAAUUUCUGUUUGGUUUGAUAGUGAAUACUAUUGAUCAAUGACCGCUUAAUACAGUAAAAUAAGAAAAUUAAAAUGUUUUCUUUGUGCAUUUUUUUAAUCUGUUAUACGUUGAUCCUAAUCACGAGACAAUAUUGAUUAAUAAUAAUAAUAAUAAUAAUAAUAAUAAAACAAAAAAAACCAAAUAUAAAUUGAAUUACAGAAAUGUGUAUAUUUUUGCACGCCGCCACCGGGUCAGAUUGUAACGACGCGAAGAGGGAUAUUAUUCGUGAUCAUGAUGUAUGAAAGUACAGAAUCUGUGUUAUUAUCGCCUAUUACCGCGUGUGCAAUCAAACACAACCGUACGCGAAUUCCGGAAUUUUUUAUUAUUUCGGCACGUUUAAAGAGUACCUAUGUGGCCGUUCACAUUCGUACAUUAUAUAACAAUUGCCGAAUUAUUACGAUUUAGCUUACGGAUCUUACGUAGAACGAACGUAAUGAAUUUGAUCGUACUGCUGAAGACCCUUGCUGUUCCGUAUAGGAUAUCUGCGUGCAGCACACGAGAAGAAACCUGUUGUUGUCUAACAGGAUGCCCGUGCGAUGAAACGGUGCAUGUCUAUUUGUGAGUAAUUACUUUUGUUUUUGGUUCAGUACGUUCGAAAAAAUCAUUUUUGCAUUUGAUUAUAGCCGCGAUCAUUGUGCGGAUUCAUCGUUACGUUACACACUGAAAUUGCGACCGUAAUGACCUUUUUAGACUAAACUGCAGUGGCCACUAGUAGCUAUCUAUACUUACUCGAUUCUUAUAUUAUGUAAGCAAUAAUUGUGUACAAGAAAUAAUAUUAAUACCUACGCCCUAAAUAAUAUAGGUGUUUACGUUUUGUGAUUGCGUAAAGAAAAAAAAAACACGUUUAAAUUUCAUUCCUACAGUUGUUGUCGUGUUUGCAAAUCAAAACUAAUAAUUCAUGACUGUGAAAUAUAUGUUAUUUGUGUUUAUUUCGUUAUAUAAUAAGACGAAGCUAUAUAACAGAUGCACUGCGAUGCAAUAUCGUUUAUAUCUGCUAUCGUGUGCAAACGAAUUACAUUAUUUUUAUUCACAGAGUGUACACAUUUUAGCACAGUCGAAUAUUACAAUCGUUUUAAAGUGGGACUGGGUCAACGAGGUACCAAAAUAGGCAGCUGCCUAGUGCGGCGAACCUUUGGGAGCUGCACAAUUUAUUGGGAUAUUAUGCGUGACGAAUUGUAUAUAAUAUAUACUAUUGAUGGAGUGGCUAACAUUACCGAGGUAGCUGAAAAUAUAUUGAACGGAAAAAUAAAAAAUAAAACGUAUCUCCUAGUGAUUUCCCCGUUUACACCCUUAACACAGACAAUUAUCGUUGUCCGGUAUUUAAUGUUUUUUGAAUAGUACUAUCUUGACCACGACAACCGAUUGUUAUUGAUAUGAACGUUUAGAUUAACUGGAAAAAUGGACUUUAAAAAGACGGACAUAUUUCGCACGAUGGAUGGGCCACUGUUGUACGUGAGAAGAUGGAAAGAUAGGAUAUAGAUGAAAAUUUAAUGCAUAUUAAAUAACUAACGAUUAAUUAUUGAUAACGAAACACGAUUUUGAGCAGAGUUAAAUUAAUAAUAUUGCUUAGUAAUAUUUAUUUAAAAAUUAGGCCAUAAUAUAUUCCACAAAUUUCAUAGAAAUUUGAUAUUAAAAUUCUUAUAUAUAUAUAUAUAAAAAAUUCUACAUUAAACUUAAUUUUUUCUUUGAUCACAAUGUACGACUUAUAUUUGAACCACCUAUUAAAUGUUCUGGAAUUUCUGUUUGUUCUAACAAUUUUAUCCACGGACUAUUAUACCGAACAAAAAUUAUGUAAAAAAACCCCAUAAAAUUAAAAUGUUUAUAAAAUGCUCGAAAAUGGCUACAAUGUUUUGAAAAUUUUACCACAUCUAGAAAAGCCAAAUAUAAAUUUUAUGUCCAACUUCAAGUAUUUUAACUGAACCAAAACAAAAGAAAACAGAACCCAAACAAUUUAAAACAUUAUACGAAACUAAUUAAUUUGGUAAAUUUGUCCGUUUUCCUACGUUUAUUCCUGUUUUUCUCAUUCUAUAUGAAAACAGCCGGGAAAAUCAAACAAUUAACUGUUUAAAGUAUUACCCCAGUACAAUUUUCUGUCAGAAAAAGUGCUAUAAUUCAAAAUGGGAGUAAAUUUUAAAUACAUUCCUCGCUCCGCUCAGAAUCUAAAUAAUUACGUUGCAUUUUUUUUUCUAUUAAAUAUAACUUAUAAUAUAUCUCCUGUUAAAUUUUCAAGCAUUUUUGUUUAGUCAAACAGUUUUAUUCACAGUUUGCCUACUGAAUAAAAAUAAAAUAAAAACUCGAAAAAUUAAAAUUUCUAUAAAUAGCUCAAAUAUUUUGAAUAUUCUAACACGUCUAGAAAAGGUAAACACAAGUUUCUACGAAUAUUUUUAACUGAAUCACAACAAAAAAUCAAAAUUGAAAAUAGCACAUUUUGUAAUUUUAGAUUCCGAGCGUAGCAAGGGCCCUAUUGGUUUUACAAUGUUAUUUAUUUUUUUUCUUUGUUUUAGUCUAUAGACACGUUUUUUCCUAGUUAACUUGCUCCGUUUUUUCCCCGUUACUUCUUAUAUCAUGAAAAUCCUAGGAAAAAAAAAAAAAAAACUACUUUAAAGUACCUCCCAGUCGGAAAAUGAUCUUUCUGUAGAACAGUUUCUAAUUGGUGUACACAGCAAUUUUAAAUGCCCUCUAAAAUGCAGGCAUUUAUUUAUAAAUGACGGUUUCAAAUCAUUGAGAUACUCCUUUUGUAGUCAAGCAAAUAAUUGGAAGCGUCCAAUACAUUUAUUUAUUGUCUAUAGAUCCACCACAGAUAUAAAACAGCUAUUGAGUUCAAUUCAAUAUUAUUAUUAACCAUUCCCAAAAAUCUGCCGAUCGGUGCAAUCGUACCCAUUUCACCCCAUUAAAUGUGGCCUUGAGUGUACUCACAAUCAAAAGUUAUAUGAUAUCGAUUAUGGGCACCGGGUUUUCAAAAUUACAUGUGGCGCUCAAAAUUCUAAAAAUAUUAAAGAAUUGCAUUAAACUAUAAGGUCUAUUUUAUUAAAUUGUAGUACUGUUAUACAUAAAGUUUAACGUGUUUUUUGGCACAGGACAAACGUCCAACAAUUGUAGUGCAAUUCUUCUUAAUGCAGAAUGGUUCGGAAACCUAAUUAUAUAAUAUAAACGUAUUUAUGUAUUGUUAUAUUGACCUAUGGAAUGGGUUCCUAAUAUUUAUCGUACAAUUGUUGAAGUAUUUUAUCAGUAAAAAACAUUUAGACUCUACAUUUUAAAAGGCUAAACGUAAAUGAAACAAAAUGAAUAAAGGAAACGGAGAAACAACUCGACGUCCCAUUUUUUAUCUGAACAUUAACCCCAGAAGGAAACUGUAAAUAUACCAUUAGCGACUAUACAGUUUAUCGCAAUCGAACGAAUUUCCAGCUGACCACACAAUCCAUUUUAUCGUCACGUUGUAUCUACAAGUGAUAUUAUGACGUUACUGCAGAUGUAAUUUGCUGUAAAUUAAAAAAAAAAAAAAGUAAACACAAUAACACAAUAAUAUUAUCAUGCGGCGGCCGUUACGCAAAAAUACGAUAAUAGCGCGACGACAACGAGAUGUGAAGGACGGAACAGUUAUUAUAAUAUUGUUUGCAAUUUCGUUUGCUUGCAAAAUGUCCAGUAAAUUAAAAGAGAAAAACCUCUAUCUAAAGGAAUUAGGUGCGAUUUUGAUUAAAAUGAUCUUUGAUACUUUGAUAUAGCAACUCCGCCGUAUUUGCGUACAAGGUCGUCUGGAAAUUCACACUGGGUGUGUUUCCAAAUUCAAACAAUCCGUAUAAUAUUGAAUGCUCCGUCGCCUCCUCCCGCCAUAAACAGAACAUAAUAUACUAUAAACAUUGUCAUUUCGUACAAAAAGAAAACCAGACUUAACCUAUAAAAUUCGAUUUAAUAAUACAUACAAUAGCACAAAUGGACAUAGUGGAUUGUCGUGGACCGCGUACAGUUUUAUGAGUUUUUCAAUCGUGCCCUGUUGUAUAUUCAAAAUACAUUCGGAACAAGAGGGAGAGGCCCAAUCUAACGGCUAGCGUAAUAUUUGUGAAAAUUAGCCACCCAAAAUUGAACAAAAAAAAAAAAAAAACCAGAUAGACCAAAAUAUUAAUAAUUCCGUUUUUGUACUGCUCUUCGGCGAAACGUGGAUUAUACAAACUAAGAUUUUUCCGGUUCCUAUCACGGGUGGUGAUUCCGAGCAUUAUACGAGAAUCGAAUAGACUUUGUGAACGGAUCUGAUGGGAAAAAACUGGAAAGAAAUUCGUUUACCGAAACGAACGACCGUGGAUCAUGCCCGGGUUUUCGCCGUCUUCCGACGAACCAGGAAUAACAGUUGAAAUAUAAUGUAUAAUUAUUUUACAAAUCGUCGAACAAUGUCUACGGGGUUAGCCGUCCGAGCUGGACCCGAUAUUUUUUGAAGUACUGUGCGAGUACUAUGCGCGCAGUAUUCUACUCGGGCCUGUACGGCAAUAAUGAUGAACGGCCGAAGUUGUAAAGCCGUCGGCGGCCUGCGGCGAUGGUAUUGCGACCGCGUAUCGCCAAUUUCCUAAACGGGCGAACAAGGAACGGCCGUCCGUCUAAACGGGUGACGGCGGGAUGUACGGUAACCGUUUACAGGAAUUUCAAGCAUUCGUUUCGGGACGGGACCGCCUGACCGGAAACUAUGCGCCGCCGUCAACCGAUGUAUUAUUAAAUCGGCACGUGCGACAAUUUGAUUUAUUUGGAGUCGUGACUAUUAUGAUACCGCAAUAAUAAUAACGGUAUAUAGCCGUCGGGCGCGCGAAAACAAAAGGCGCCGCCGUCGCCCGGAGUCGCUGUCAAUGUGUCAAAACGUCGUUUCGGCCGUCGCCGCACGACAACGCGGACCGCGAACGGCCGGCGCGCAUUAUCAUUUUGUAUUAUUUUAUCGAAAAUAAACUUUAGUAUUUAACGGUAGGUAGGUCGUGGGUACGACGUCAUCGUUUUUCGAGCCCGAAACUUCGGUGUACCCGAAAUUUCGUGACGUAAAUAUAUGUCGUUUUGAAAACAACAAGGUUCGUCAAGCGGAAUAAGAAUUUCGACGAUUGCAUUGUUGUUUAUCAGAGAUCGGCAUUUUUCGUGUUAGAAAUUCGUCGAAAUAAGCAAAAAAAAAAAAAAAAAAAAAAAACAAACUCCCAGUCCUAGGAUAAUGGAGACGGGUGCAGCCACUGCUGUAGGCAAUUUAUUAUAUAUCUGUAAGCAACGAUAAGAAAUUUCUAACGAAAAAACAAUUCUGAGCACAGUUUAGUUGAUAAUGAUGCUUUGACAAACAAUAUAUAUGUCAUGUAUUAUGAUAAAAUAAUUAAUUAGGCGUUCUAUGUUUUCAUUAAUAAUAUUUGUUUAAUAUUGCGAUUAAAAUAGUCCGAGUGGGCGAUAGCUUCGGUUUCUAGGUACAUUUAUUUGUUUUUUUCUUGUUUAGGUAAAACUAGGGAAAAAAUGCAAAAAAUUUAGUUCGAAAACUGGGUUUGAAAUCGUGAUCCCUAGGAUGUGGGCCACAUGUCGCCCUGAUUCACGACAAAAAUUCUUUAAUAAUACAAUAUAGAGUUAUUUAACAUGUCAUAUAAUAUCCGCAUAACUUCAAGAAGAUAUAAUUUCGAAAUUUAGACAGUCCGCUCAAUUCUGACUUCACCAUUGUUCUUAAAUCGGUAAUAUACAAAUAUUCAAAAAAAAAAAAAAAAAUUGAAAAAUUAAAUUAGUUGAAUUUUUUACAUAACGGUUUUCGUUAAAAUUUUAUUUUUUAUUAUAAAAAAUUAUUACACCAAACUAAUUUUAUUUUUUACCACAAAUUAAUACUUUUAAUAAACCUCCCGUUAAAUUUUCACUCAUUUCUGUUUAGUCCAAUAAUUUAUCCACACUUACGAAAUAAAAAUUAUGCAUAAACUCGCAAAAUUAAAAUGUCUAUGAGUAGCUCAUAAAUGGUUCUAAUAUUUUUAAAAUUUGAUCAUUUCUAGAAAAAUCAAACAUAAGUUUUCUGUCUAAAUUUCAAAUCUUUACGAAUAUUGUUAAGUGAAUUUCAACUAAUAACAAAAUUGAACAAAUAAUAAAAGUAUUAUGUUCGUAAAUUUCGCGUUUUUCUUACUUUUUUCUUUUACUGGAAAAACUGCCAGGAAAAUCAAACAAUUGCUUAAGUACAACUACAAGAAAAUUUACUUUCAGAAAAAGGUUUGCAUCAUAUAUAUCGGAGUAAGAUUUCUGGUAGAAGUUUUGUACACAGGAUAAAAAAAAAAAAUUAAACAUCUUUGUAAAACCAAUACAUUUUUCGUUACACUUAGAAUCUAAAAUAUUAUAAAAAAUAAAAAUAGGCGGACAGUUGAGAAGACAGGACGUAUAGAAUAAUUGAAUUUAUAAUUGUAUAUAAAAACUGAAAAAGUUGUGUCUAAGGAUAAUGGGGACGGGCGCAGCCAUUGUGAGAAGUUGGGAAGGUAGUAGAAGGGAAAUUUAAUAUAUAUAUCUGUAGGCAAAGAUUAACCGUUGUAUACGAAAAAAAUAUUAAACAAUAUAUAUUUUUGAAUUUCAGUUCUAUCACACACAUUUAGAACAUAGACAAAUAUAAUUUAAAUAAAGUGACACAAAACUACCAAAAAUUAAAAAAUUAGACCUUUCUAAAUUCAAAUUUUAGAUUCUGAGCGUGGGUAUGUAUUGGUUUUACAAUGAUGUUUAUUUUUUAUUUUUUCUUUCCUGUGUAUAACUUUUUUAUCAGAAAUUUCGCUCCAAUUUAAAUUUGUCUAAAAGGAGUGAUACUUUAUGAAGGCCAUUUUUUUGAUUUUCCUUGCUGUUUUCAUAAUAAAUGGGAAAAAACACGGGAAACCGGGAAAAUAGGUAUAAUAUUAAACAAAUAUUAUUAUAAAGGAAAUAUAUAAUGUAUAUAUAAUUAUUUUACCAUGGCAUGACAUAUUGUUAACAAAGUAACACUACUAACUAAACUCCGCUUAGAAUCGUUUUUCUUUAACAAUGAUAAAUCGUUGUAUACAGAUUUACAUUCAAUUCCUCCCCCCCUACCUUCUUAACUUUUCACCUACAACAGUGGUUCACCCACGUGUGAAGUAAGUCUGUCUUUAUAACUUUAAUCGCUGCGGCAUAGCAUACUGUACAGCAAUACGACACUGCUGGAUUUUAUGUUGAGCGAAAGAAAUAAGACAUAUAUUUAACUCAAAUUAUAAUUUACUUCUAUUCAGGCUGCGAUUUUUAAGAACAUCUGAAAACAGUUUAACAGCUUUUACUACCUGACUACCUGUUGUAUAAUAGUGGAACGAAAUAUUAUUCAUGCAGAGCUUUUUUUGUGGGACGUGAGUAUAAAGUUCUUUGCUGCCGUUGAAAACGUCAUCUCUCCGGAAUUCCGGUUCACUUGUACGGGGCCCGGUAUGACGACGACCGGAAGACGGAAGGGUGACUUCCGGUAGCGCGGACAAUAUUUGUACGUCCGGCAGUAUAAUAAUCGGGAACACGGCGAUCAUAUUAUUAAAUGAAAAAAAAAAAAAUACGAACUUUGAGUACUUAAUUUUUUUUCUUUUAUAUUUUUGAUUUGCAGAAAAAUAUAUAAAAUAAAUACAGAUCAGUAAAAUGACGUGUCACAAAAGUCUUGUUUGCUCAGCGAUUGCGCUGGUCACGUGUGUGGCUUUAGCGUCGGCACGACCUCAAUUGUCGCUGACUCUGCUGCCGCCACCCCAACAACUUCAACAACAACAACAACAACAACAACAACAACAACAACAACAACAACAAUUAAUCAACGCCAUAAAUCCAUCGGUAAGGACACAAGUGACGAUCGAAAAAAUACAUAUAACCUACCCACAUAUUGUUCUAAAAAUGAAAAAUCAAUUUUGAAAUUGAAAAUAUGUGAGCCACUAUAUAGAAGUUUAAAUAAUACAAAAUCCGAGUAUUGAGUGAUCCCCGUUAAAAUUUGUCUGCAUGUUACAGAUUGAUUUUUCUCUGUUAUUAAAAGAAAAGUACUAGGAAUUUCGAAAAAUAUUAGUACCAAACUCGAGCUGUAUUGACGCAAAAUUACAUUAUAAUACAAGAAUAACAUUUUUAGAGAGGAGAAGAUUAAAUUAAAGUUUGAAAAAUGAAAAUAAAAAUAUUUUAUUUAAUUAUAAUAAUAAUCUAUACAUUUGGAAAGCCUUUUAUUUAGUCAGUUGGUUAAAUAUUAUGUCGAGUGUUUUAGUAAUGAACAGUACUUACAUAUUAACGAGAGUUUUAAGACGAUUGAAUACGGUUUCCUUAUUAUUUUUGACAUUUUAACGGUUAUUUUGUACGUGCAUUGUUACAUAAAAAUUCAAAAUAUUUUUAGUAUUUAUUAUUCACUAAUGUGACAUUGUAGGGUUCAACCGCUCCUGAUGCCACAUAUGUACAAAAUAAUCACUUUGGAUAACUGACGGUAUGAAUGAUUUCUAUAGAGAUUUAUGAAGUCAGCAGCCAUGCACUAAGAGAGAAAAUUGUAUUAUUGAUUAACCCAUGAAUUAUGUGAUUUAGAGACAAUUUUUGAUUAAUUUCAAAUUGUUUUUAUAUCUUUACGUAAUUCGUGACAUAAACAAAUUUAACAUGGAUUAAUCAAUACAGUUCUUCCUCUUUUUGUACCAAUAAACUACAGAAUUACUCAUCAUAGAUUUAAUUAUUCGCUUUAUACAUCUGUGCUCAAUGUAUGCGGUGGAUAUAUCUCAGUCCUGAAGCCGAAUUUCAUAUUCAAAGAGGUAAUGGAGUAGAAUAUCGCUUAGGCAUUAAAUUGUACGUACAAAUAUGGAGUGGUGACAAAAAACCCAAAGGGGCAAUCCAUAAAUCGACUCCCCCUCUCGAUAUCUACCACUGAAAAUGCACAUGCUUUUUGACAUUAUAGGUAAAUCUGCAGCAUUGGAAAAGAACUGUCCAAAGCGAAGAAUUAGUGCAUUACGUUCUUACAUAGUUACAUCAAUAAAUUAUAAUAAAAAUAAUAACACAGCGCCCUUAUCAUUCCGUUCCACGGUGCGCGCGUUUUCUGCAAAUUAAAAAAAAAAAAAAACCUGUAAUUGCGUGUGAUAGGCAUCAGAGCAUAUCGUGUCAUUUUUCGCCGGGUUUUCGUUGCGAUGACUCCAGAAUAUAAUAUACAGCAAUACAAUUUUCAUAUAAUUCGUCGUUUAUAAGGUAAACCUAAAAUGUACAUAGUUAACUACUUACACGUUUUUAUUUAAUUUCACUUUCCGAAACUAUUUGUUUGUUUAUUUGAGUCAAAUCUUAUAUUCAUCGUCAUCUAGUCUUAAAAUUGUUUUCCGGAUUACUGUCGUAAUGCGCUUGUCCAAUACGGAAAAUCCACACCAAACUAUAAUCUACUGAAACAUCAUUGCGUCCGUUCACUCUAUUCGUAGUACAAAACAUAUGGUUUACCAAACGUAAAAAUUUAACUUCGGUAAAAGUAUUAUUAAUGUAUCAAACGAAAACAUAAUAAUGCUCCGGACAAAUAAUCGAUUUUUAUUUUAUAGUUUAUUAUAAGAUAAUAUUUUAUCUAUAGGUAUUUUACAAUUAAUAUUUGAAUGGACGAAUGCACACAGAUUUUAAUCCCGAUUGUGAUUUCUAUUUUUAUUGCAUUUUUCGCUACUUUAAGUAUUUUGUUUUCGUUCACGGUCACUCGAACGUUAAUUUUUUUAGUGACCUGUGUUAGAGGUUAAUGGUGAAAAUACGACGUUGAUCUAAAACGGUUUCCUUGGGAUAAAGUGAAGCCAAUUAUUCUAAAUAUCCGUCUGAAACACAAUUUAAAUAUGUAUUUCAUAUUAAACGGCAUCGCUACAGCAUAUUUGGAAUUAUGAUUUUGAAUGUACCAGACCUAAAAACACCUACAACACGAUGGUUUAUAGGUCAUUAUUAAUUGAUAUCUAAUCUAUAUCGAUAAAUAGGUAUUUUUGUAAUUUGUCAAGUUUAGUCGCACAUUUAGUAAUAUGGAUGACAAUGGAGUAAUAUGUCACACUACUCACACUCUGAACCAUAACACACAGACAGUCUCGCUAAACCUUAAGUUUGUAUUCUCUUGUCAGAUAAACUCCUUUAAUUUUUUCUACUUUAUCCAAUCACACUUAAUUUUAUGUCUCACAUGCUCAUGAAAGCUACCGUUCUUAAUAUCCUGAUACUUAAAACUCUUUACUUUGAGUAUUAUGAUUUAUUUUCUUUAUUACAAGUAGAUUUAAGUUUUUUAUAGAUUCUUAUUGAUUCUGAGCACAGCGACGAAUACAUUGGUUUUACUAUGAUAUAUUUUUUGAUAAUUUUUUUUCUUUUAACAACAUUUCAACCAGAAAUAUGGACACAUGAUCCCAAUUAAAAACUUUAUUGGAAAUUUCUUGAAUAAUUUUGAAUCUAGUGGAGGAAAUGAAUAGAUGAGUAGUUUUUUGUGUUUUUUUGCAGUCUUUUUAAUAAUUCAGAUGAAAAGAACAGUGUUUAUUGAUUUCAUGAAAUGCCUUUUUGACAAGGGAUAUAAUACUACUCCGCUAGUAAUAGUUUUUCGUUUUCAAUAAUUUAUUCACCAACUAUCCGCCUACAACAGUAGUUUACCCGUAAACUGUUGUCGUAUUAUUUAAUAAACAUGACCGACUGUUAUUGCGGAAAUAUUUUCUAGAUUUACCGACGUUUUCCCCCAAUUAUUUAGAAAAGUACAAUAAGGAAUGCCGAAUAAUGAUCUCCCUGAUAUUGAAAAUAUUUCUGAUUUCUGGACGAAAAAAAAAAACACUUAAACAAAUAAUUGCAAAAGCAUUUUAUUCCUCAUCACUACGUUUAGAAUCUAACAAACUGUUUAUUCGAACCGUGGUACAGAUUUUAAAUGCGAAUUCGUAUUAAAUUGAAUUCCAUUACAGACAUCACACGCUUACACACACAUACUUGUGUGCUAUUGCGAGUAUAUACGAGAUAAAAAAAAAAAUAUUCAAUUGGAAUUUAAUUAAAUUUAAAAAAAGACCUGUUAGCGUAAUGUUGACCGUGUAUCGUUAUACAAUAUCGAUCCAGCACGCCAUAACGAAUAAACUUGAUGUAGGAUAGUUAGGUAAAAUGUAAAUCUGAAAUAAUCAACAAAUAAAACAAAUAUGAGAAUAUUUAAAUUUUCAUUUUUAUAAACGUCAUUAUGCGAAUAUGUAUUUUAUCAUUUAACAGUUUUGAAAUAAUUAAACCGUCGGAAUCGUUUUAGUUUUGCAAUAUUGUUUGUUUCGUUGAUAAUUUUUAUAUAUUAUAAUCAAAACUUAGGUUUCGAAGACAUAUUUUAGGUGAUCCGAUCUUGAACAAUGUUUUCUGUUACACAAUUCGUUUCAUGUAACAGAUACUUGAAAGGUGACAUUUUUAUUUUCCGGUUAUUUCAUUAGUUUUAAUGAACAUUUGUACAUUUUACGACUUAAUAAUUAGAAUUUUAAGUAGUUCGAAAUACUAUCUAAAGAUAAUUAAUUUUCUAGAUAUUUAGUUUAAAAAGAAAAUUGUAAAGGUUAGUGUACUGUCGAUACUGUCGAAAUACCUGGUUAAUCGGUAGCAACAAUAAUAUCCGAUCAACGAAUGUUUUAUUUAUUUUUUUAAUCAUCGAUAUUAUCAAAUAAUCUGAUAUGUGUAUAUAAAAUAUAUGUCGUCUUAUAUGGUGAUAAAAGGAUUUCAUUUUCACCCGGGCCCUAUAAAAAAAGCACAAUAAUAUUUGCGUUUUACAUUUUGACUGUGAUAUACUUGAUGGUGUAUUUUCAAUUCGAAACCGGUCACCUAAUUCACUUAUCAUAAUACUUAUCAUAAUACUCGAUGCGACGCUUCAAUUAACUUAUUCAUUUUUUAUUUCUAUAUAUAUACAUUUUAGAUUCUGAGUGUAGCAAAGAAUGUAUUGGUUUUACAAAGAUGAUUAUUAUUUUUUUCUAUUCUCUUUUUCUUUUUCAUCCUGUGUACAAAAAUUCUAUCAGAAAUCUUGCUCGGAUUUAAAUGCGCGGCACCAUAUUUGGAAGGAAAUGUUGUCUAGAUGGUACUUUUGGGGGUCAUUUUUUGGUUUUCCAAACGGUUUUUAUAAUAUCUGGGAAAACCCGGAUAAAACGUAAGAAAAACGGGAAAUUCACAAAAAAAAUGUUUCUAUUAUUUUUCAAUAUUGUUAUUUAUUGUAAUUCAGUUAAAAUAUUGAUAGAGACUUGAUAUUUGGACAAAAAUCUUAUAUUUGCCUUUUCUAGAUGUGGUGAAAUUUUUAUGCCAUUUUCGGGCUAUUUAUAGACGUUUUAAUUUUGCGAGUUUUGUACGUAAUUUUUAUUCGGUAGAUACUCUAUUGUGAAAUUGUUUGACUUAACAGAAAUUAUUGAAUAUUUAACAGGAGGUUCAUUAGGACUUUUAUUUUGGUGGUCAAAAAAAAGUUUACGAGUUCAUACCCGUGUUUUGAAAAAAAAUGUUUGCACCUAUGUUUUUCCUUUAACUUAAACAGGGAAAAAACAAAUGCAUUUUAGGUGUACCUAGAUACCAAGCUAUCGCUCGCUCGGACUAUUUUAAUUUACAAAUACCCCUCGAUUUAUUAUGCAGACUUUUCUACCAGUAAUCAUGCUCUGAUAUAUCAAGUGUAGCUUAUUUUCUGAAAGGAAAUUUUAUUUCCAUGAUAAUUUAAGCAGGUCAUUUUUCGAUUUUCCAAGAGUUUUCCCCGCAAAUGUGAAAAACCAGGAAAAAACAUGGGAAAAUUGGGAAAAUCAGUAAUAACAAAUAUUAUUAAAGAAAAUAUUUAAUGCCUAUUUAAUUAUUUUACUAUAGUAUGAAAUAUAUAUUGUUUACGGUGCAUAUCAAUUGAACUGCGCUCAGAAUCGUUUUUUCGUUACAAAUGGUAUAUCGUUGCUUACAGAUAUACAUUAAAUUACCUAUAACAGUGGCUACACCCUUCUCCAUUAUCCUAUCACGUGUCUUUUUUAUUUCUAUAUUUAUUUACUAUAAAUAUUUAUGAUAUUUUGCAAUUUCCACGUAUUUUCGGUGAGAUUAAACUCGGCAUUGAAUGUUAAUUGGAACCGUUUAUUAAUUCAAUGACGUCAUUAGAGAAACGAGAGUAGAGUACAAGUAUUAGGUAUAUACCUAUAUUUAGUAUUCCCGUUAAAACAAUAUGGUAAUAUACUAAUAUUUGCCCGCAUAUUGAUAAAUUACCAAUAUUUGUCAGUCGGGAAACGCCGCGUGUUAUUUCCAUUGUUCCUGCGUGUCGCUACUAUUCAAACCCCACAAUAUUAUAUAAAUAUUAUCAGACGUGGAUUAGUAAAAAAAGGCAUGGGAUGCUACAUAAUUUUUGACCAAUUAUCAACAAUCAUUAUGAAAAAUUAUAAUAAUAAAAAAAAAUGUUUAAAAGCCUACAUACUUCGUACCAAUAGCGAGUCACUUUUAUAAGUUGCCAAGUUGGUAACGUAAGAUAUACAUGUAGGAUAAUUUAGUUUAUAUUUGUACACAGUGAUAAAUCAAUGCAAACGAAAAACGACUCUGAAAUGUCUGAAUAAACAAGUUAGGUUCCAACAAAUCUAUAUUUGAAAUUGCGUAUAGUUUUAUAACUGCGCAAUAAAUUACAUUUGUUUUUGCUUUUAACGAAUAAUUUUAACAUGAAAUAUCGAUAAAAAUAAAUCACAACAUUGCUAAAAUUGAUUGAAAUCUGCAUAAAAAUUAAAAAAAAAAAAAACGCUCGAAAAUUUCAAAUAGCGCUGGCACAAGAUUUAAAAAUAACAUCACAUCUAGAAAGUGUAUAUUAUGUAAUGCAAAAUAAUCAAUGAUAAUUGUAUUGAAUUGUUGUAAACAAUUUACCUGUAUAUAAUCUAUUUACUCGGUUAAUAUAUCUAAUAACUUCUAUUAUAUUAUCAGAGAAUUAUUGGCAGUUAGAUGACUUUCUUAUUAAAAAAUCAUAUUGAUUUUAAGUAGAUCGAUUAAGGUGAAUUUAUACCGAUUGGAGCAAAUAAAUUGUAGGCCAUUAGAUGCCGUACACCUCAGUCAUUCUGCGCCUGGAUAUUGUAUACAAUUUCAUAAUAACGUAAUUUUCUGAUUGCUCAUCUCGUACCCAUCUGUAAUAUGUUGUGCUCGAAAAUUGUUAUCGACUAAGCGUCACAUUAUUUAUACCAUAUUAAUAUUAGAAGGUUAAUUGUUACCAGCGUCUAAUAAUAUUAUUGAUAUCGAUGUUUACGAUCUAGCGAUUAACAAUCGUCGGUAUUAAACGUCGAGGAUAGAUUUCACGGCACGCCAUUGACAUAUCUCGACUUGAGCUUGACAUACAAUAGCGAUUCUGUUCUGAAAAAAGCUAUUCGUUUUACAAAUAUGUGAGCGCUAUUUUUCUCGGAAAACGUUUUUCGGUUAGUAAUAAUGAUCCGAUUUUUUCACGCGGUUUCUGAGAAGAUGCGGGAUUUUCAACUGGCAGUAUUUUAUUUCCACAAUUUUUCUAGAUUCUAACGUUUUGUUUUCGAAAAUUAAAAAAAAAUACAACAAAUUACGAUAGAUCGGUUUUUAUUUGUAUUGAGCUCAGGGUUACUUUUGGUUACAAGGGUAAAACCGUGAAUGCCCAGAUUACUUAGCUUCAGUCAGAAUUAUUUUUAAAUUACCUUGUAUAUCUAUUAUCCUAUAUUAUCUUCCAACGUCUCCCCUACAACAGUUUCCUACUAACGGUGUAUAAUUGGUAUGUCCGAAUUUAGUUUCUAUUGUAGUUGAUGUUUGUAUUGGUGUGCAAAAUUGAGUUGGAUUAUCUUGCUAAAAAGCUCAACUGUACUACGGAUUGUAACUUGGUACAUAAUAUUUUUGUUUGUUUGUGUUCUGGUGUAAAAAUCAACCGAAAUUCCUAGUAUGCCCACUUUUAAGUUAGAAUUUUACACCGAAAACGUGGUAAUUUUUUUUUAGCUAUUACUUUUGUAAUCACUAUGAUGCCAACCUUAUUAUUAUUAUCGCCUAUAUAAAUUUACGUUAAAAUGAAAAAUAAUAAUAUGUGGUUGUUCGUAUUGUCUACCGCAGAUCAACUCCAUCGGAAGGCCGACGAACCCCAUCGUGGUGGCCGCGUUUCAGCGGGAAGCACUCUUGCCACCGCAAAUGCAAAGUGUUUUCUACAAAAACCCGAAGAUUGCUGCAACCCUGGCCAAAGACAGUUGGUUCGGACCCGGCGAACAGCACGCCGUCGAUCGGGAAACGGAGAAAAUCCCGAGGGAGAAAAUCUACACGAUAUUGAAAAACGCGGGACUCUUGCCUACCCGUUAAUCCGUCGGAAAUUUAAAAAAUUAUUAUGAUACCGUUUGUCGAAAUUAUUAUAUUACCUGCCUAUUGUUUUUUUUUAUGUUUUUCUCAUUUAGCCAGACGAUGAUUUGUUUUCAUAACAGCGCUAUUAGCAAUUACUAUUAUACUCAUAGGUAUUAUACAUCGCUGUAAAUUGAACGAUAAAUAUUACGUCGUGCAUUUAGGAACUAAUAUUAUAAAAAUGUAUACGUUGUAAAUAAAAAAUAGUUGUAUAAC